AUGAAUGCUGCGAGUAGUGCUGUGGCUGAAAAACCCAAGGUGGUGUGGGUGACGCUCAACGAUAAAAUCCACUCACACACCCUGCGUGCAUCGAUCAACGUAGCGGAUGAGAAGCUGUACAAUAACAUAGUCUCCAUCUUGGUGGGACGCGAUUACGAGAAAUUGGACAAAUUCAAACGAAGGAAUCGAUUUCUUCACCACGAGGCUGUAGAGGCGCUGCAGUCGCUUGCCUUCCUCAUCGAGUACUGUCGAUCUUCGACCAACAAGGGCGGGCUUGACCGAUUCGUGCUCGACGACGCCUCGGAGGCCCAGCGGCCCAGCGUGGAGUUCGAUCUCAGGCGACUCAACGCUUGCCCGAAGGCCUGCUGCCGUGUCAAGAUGGCGAGUGGUGACACACUGUCGCAUUGCCCUCGCAUUGGGAUGAUCAGCUGUGCCAAGUGUGGGAUUGCGACAUGGUGCUCGGAGGAAUGCCUGGAGAUGGGCUUCGAGCAGCACCAGGAGGUCUGUCGCGCCGCCACCGACCUGCUCAACAAGCUGGGCCUGUGA